UGUUAUCGCGUCUUGGUUUUCUCUCUCUCUCUCUCUCUCUCUCUCUCUCGUCUCCGAUCGCCGGCGCCGGCGAGCUUUGGGGUGGUUUGCUUCUCAUCGUGGCUGCGAUGGAAUGAGUGAAGCGGGAGGCGAAGCAUAGAGGUGAAGGAUUGAAAGGUCGAAGGAUCAAUCGAGGAUUCAAGGCUGUGAAGGAUGGUGCUUGAUCUCAACGAGUGCUCGGCUUCUUUGGAGACGAGGGUGGCAGCGGAGGGCUCCGGGACGUCGGAGUCGUCGGUGCUGAAUGGGCCGGGGGAUGAGGAUUCGUGCUCGAACCCUGCUCCGAUGGCGCUUAGCUUUGGAAUACUGAGAAGCGCGGUGGAGGGGGAGGAGGAAGGGGAGGGGGAGAAUGGGGUGCCAGUGGAGGAGGCGGAGCAUGUGACGAGGAUGUUCUUUCCACCGGCGCUGGUGGCUGGGGACUCGGCGACGGUGAAGCCGCCAUGGACUGAUCCGAGGUUUCUUCCACCCAGCAUUGGUGGGAUGGCGCCGCAGCAACAGCGACCGCCGCAGGUGCAGGUGAAGAAGAGUAGGCGGGGACCGAGGUCCCGGAGCUCGCAGUACCGUGGGGUCACGUUCUACCGUCGCACUGGGCGUUGGGAAUCGCAUAUAUGGGAUUGUGGGAAACAAGUGUAUUUGGGGGGUUUCGACACUGCUCAUGCUGCUGCAAGGGCUUACGACCGGGCGGCGAUUAAGUUCCGGGGUGUUGAUGCUGAUAUUAAUUUCAAUCUCAGUGACUAUGAUGAAGAUUUGAAGCAGAUGGGGAAUUUAACUAAGGAGGAAUUUGUCCACUCGCUCCGUCGCCAGAGCACCGGGUUCUCCAGAGGGAGCUCCAAGUAUAGAGGAGUGACCCUUCACAAGUGCGGCCGUUGGGAGGCUCGCAUGGGGCAGCUUCUUGGCAAGAAGUACAUAUAUCUUGGGCUAUUCGACAGUGAAAUAGAGGCUGCAAGAGCUUAUGACAAAGCAGCUCUCAGAUGCAAUGGGAGGGAAGCUGUUACUAACUUUGAGCCAAAUACCUAUGAAGGGGAAUUACUUCCUGAAGUUGAUGCUGGAGAUGCUGACCUUGAUCUGAACUUGCGGCUCUCUCAACCUUCAGUUCAUAAUCUAGAGAAGGACCUAAAUAUUAUGGGUCUCCAAUUACAGGGUGCUUCUUUCAAUGAUUCUGAUCACAGGAAAGCUAGGUUUGCUGACCCUUCCUCCCAUUUGAGCAUUCAACCAAAUCGCUUAUCGUUGACAAAUGAGGAGUCACGCAUCUGGUCUGCUCCUUCUGGUUUCCUACCCAUGUAUGAGGAAAGAACAAGAGAGAAGAGGCCUCUCGAAACGACAUCGCCGGCGGCCACUCUGAACUGGUGGAAUUGGCAAAUGUCGAGGCACAGUCCCGCCGCCGCAGCAUCAUCAGGAUUCUCCAACACUUCCAUUCCAGCCAACCAUUCAUCAGAGCUCCCCCUUGCCUCUGCUGCUCACCAUUACUACUUCAAUGGCUGAACCCUAGUGUAUUCCCAUCACUUAAGGUAUCUUCAAUUUCAAAUAAAAACCAUUGUGUUGCUUGCCUUUUAACUUUUGUCUAUUCAUCUAGACAGUGCUGCUAUUUUAUCA